ACGGAAAUAUGCACAAGUUGGUUUCACAUCGGAUACCGAUCUUCUCUGGUGAGUCGUCGGAGCUGAGCGCCAAUAUAGCACUGACCUCACUGCGCAGACCGAAAGGAAGGUGAAACUUUUAGUCUCCUUUUAAUUACCUCGCUCAGGUAAAGUCCGGUCAUUCUGCCUCAUGCGACACCAUGGGGAAGAUUUACGAAGUCAUAGUGAUCGGGUUGAACGGAGAAAACAUGACCAUCGACCUGUGUAACACUGAAGAACCAAUGAAUGCGAUGACAGACGUAAACUAUGUAGCAUCAUUGUUGGAUAACUUAAUGACGCAUUAACCCGAAUGCCUGGACAAUAUUUCGUUUGAUUUGUUUAAUCAUGCAUCAAAUCAAUUUAAUCGCACAUCUAAGGGAAUGACUCCUUCCCUUACAUGCUCAGACAGGGACGUAGGCCUAUCUUAAAAUAAUUAACCAUAGGGGAAAUAGGAAUGUUGUGAAAUCAUGAAUACUGGGAGGAAAUAUCACAAGUAUUAAGUCAUAUCUGAAGUUCAAGACAAUACAUUUCUCAAAUCAAACCAGGCCUACAACUUUUCUGACUCAUUAUUUAAGCGUUAUUGUUGCAGUGCGUAUUCUAUCCUCUGAAUAUACCUAACCAUGUAGAUGGACUGCAUUAAUUCAGUGCUUUUCUAAUCAGUUGCCUACUCAAAGCGCUUGACAAUAUUGCCUAACAUUCAUUCCCACACCGACGGCAGAAUCAACCAUGAAAGGCGCGACAGCCAGCUCGUCUGGAGCAGUCGGGCUCGCAGUCAGGAUCAGGCUUCUUGGACACCUUGACUCUCAGCUAGGAGGAGACGGGCAUCGAACUAGAAACCUUCCCUUUAACAGCCAACCCAGUCUACCUCCUGAGCUAAAUGCCUAUUGCAUGCCUAAACACAUGAAUGUUGUUUUCGUGGCUUGGCUUCGAAAUCGAAAAUGAAAGAAUGGCUCAAGAUUAGUUCAACUCCAUUUGUGCUGAGGAGCAGGCAACACAACACUGGACAGAGCCAAGCUUAAGGGACACGCCAUGAGUAAUUAUAUUCGUGUAUGGGAUCGAGCAGAACCCAAGUACAGAGGCUUGAGAAACCGGGGCUCCACCGACUACCUGAACAGCGUGCUUCAAGUGCUCUUCAUGACCAAAGAAUUCAGAGACGCUGUCCAAAGUCCCAAAAAUAGUUUUUGCCACAGUGAAAGCUCCCAUACCUCCUACAUCGAUGCUGAUCUCAAAGAUCUCUUCCGUCAGCUGAAGACCGGUUCUCCCACUACGGAAUACAUCAUCCGCAAACUUGGGAUAGAAAAUGUAUGGAAGCAGCAAGAUGCGGCAGAGUAUUUUGAGAAGAUUUUAAGUCUGGCGAGUCCUGGGGCCUCACAGGUUUUCCAUGGAAGGUUAAUUCACCGCACGUCAUGUUCGUGUGGCGCAAGCACUAAUGAACACAAUUCAUUUUGGACUCUGAAUCUCCCGAUUAACAAUGCCCACAAUGGAGUUUAUAACGUGGAAGACGGGUUGAAAGGAUUUUUCAGCCAAUCAACGUUAACCGGAGACAACCAAGUGUACUGUGAUGAGUGCGAAGUCAAAAGAGACACCACUACUGAAUGUGAAGUAGAACUCUAUCCAAAGGUUCUUGUGCUGCUGCUCAAGAGAUUUGAGUUCAGCUACUACAUAAUGGACUACGUGAAAAACGACUGCCCUGUGGAUGUUCCUUUGAACAUUGAAAUGCCAAAGGGCGUGAGCUAUGAGCUCUAUGCCACCGUGGACCAUGUGGGGGACCUGAGGGGGGGCCACUACACAGCCACCAUCCAGCCUCCAGACGACGGAGGCUGCUGGUACGACUUCAACGACUCCAUGGUGACACCGAAAAACAACUUUAAUCCAGAAAGGAGCCAGAGCGGCUAUCUCCUUUUUUACAGAAAGAGAGAAAGACAAACUAGUGAUCCACCUCAGGAGCACCACCACGGGUCGUCUGUGGACCCGGUCGAGUCGGAGACCAAUCAGAACAACGCUGACGAUGGCAACGCUGAUCUUACUAAGCGUGUUGAUGUCAGGAAGGGGGUUGAUGAUCCUGAGAGUGUUGAUGUUGAGAGAGGUGAUGAUGUCAGGAAGGGGGUUGAUGAUCCUGAGAGUGUUGAUGUUGAGAGAGGUGAUGAUGUCAGGAAGGGGGUUGAUGAUCCUGAGAGUGUUGAUGUUGAGAGAGGUGAUGAUGUCAGGAAGGGGGUUGAUGAUCCUGAGAGUGUUGAUGUUGAGAGAGGUGAUGAUGUCAGGAAGGGGGUUGAUGAUCCUGAGAGUGUUGAUGUUGAGAGAGGUGAUGAUGUCAGGAAGGGGGUUGAUGAUCCUGAGAGUGUUGAUGUUGAGAGAGGUGAUGAUGUCAGGAAGGGGGUUGAUGAUCCUGAGAGUGUUGAUGUUGAGAGAGGUGAUGAUGUCAGGAAGGGGGUUGAUGAUCCUGAGAGUGUUGAUGUUGAGAGAGGUGAUGAUGUCUGGGCGGGGGUUGAUGAUCCUGAGAGUGUUGAUGUUGAGAGAGGUGAUGAUGUCAGGAAGGGGGUUGAUGAUCCUGAGAGUGUUGAUGUUGAGAGAGGUGAUGAUGUCAGGAAGGGGGUUGAUGAUCCUGAGAGUGUUGAUGUUGAGAGAGGUGAUGAUGUCAGGAAGGGGGUUGAUGAUCCUGAGAGUGUUGAUGUUAAGAGAGGUGAUGAUGUCAGGAAGGGGGUUGAUGAUCCUGAGAGUGUUGAUGUUGAGAGAGGUGAUGAUGUCAGGAAGGGGGUUGAUGAUCCUGAGAGUGUUGAUGUUGAGAGAGGUGAUGAUGUCUGGAAGGGGGUUGAUGUCCCUGAGGGUGGUGAGGUCACAGGAGGUGAUGUCGUGGCGGGGGACCCUCGAACAUUGGAGAGUGCGAGGUUAGACGGGAAGGGUGGCGAGCGCAUUAAGAGAGACGAAGAGCUUCCGACCAAUAAGAUGGAGUCCCGCAAACCAGGUGAUCAAGCUGGCCAACAGGAAGCCAGCAGCACCGCCCCAACGGUCAGCGAUCCGGAGGGCGUUGUUACCGAGAGGAGGAGGGGGGAGGAGGGGCAGACGGAGGGCGGAGUAAUACAGAAGACUGACGAUGGCAACGCUGACCACGAUAGUGAUGGUGAUGACCACCACAGUACACCCUCCUCCUCUGAGCCAAUGGUUAAACAGCCGGCGUCGGCGGGGAGCAGUGAUGUCACGGGAGGUGAUGAUGUCAUGGAGUGUGGGGAUGUCGGGGCAGGUGAUGUGGUCGGGCCGGGGGACCCUCUACUAAGGGGAAUGGAGAGGUUAGACCGUAAGGGUGGCGAGCGCAGGACAACAGGUGUAGAGGUUCCGACCAAUGAGAAGGAGUCUCGUGAACCAGGUGAUCAAGCUGUCCAACAGGAAGCCAGCGGCACCGGCCCAAUGGUCAGCGGUCCAGAGGGCGGGGUUAACGAGAGGAGGCGGGGCCGGAGGGAAAGUAUGGAGCUUAUGGAAGUCCGUGAGGAGGGGGAGACGGAGGGCGGACCGCAGCCCCCGGGCCCCCGCUACCAGCCUCCUCCUGCCUUACGGAUCAUCAGAGUGGGGGUGUUGAGUUUGGAGUACCAUCAGGUUCCACAUUUCUCUCCAGCCCCUGAGCUGACCCCGGUCCCCGAGCCCUGUCCGGAGGACAUUCCUGUCACUAAAACUGCUUUCCACCACAUUCUGAGCCUGUAG